AAAAACAAAAGUGCAAUUAUUUUUCCAAUCGUUAAGCGAUAAUUAUCGAAUUUUAUGUGUUUCUUGUGUUGCCCAUUCCGUUUUCUCCAGCAUACUUUUUUUCUUUUUUUUUUGUUCUGGGGAAUAUUGCUGAAAAGCAAGUGUCAGGAUACCUCUCGUGAAUAAAAAAAUAAUGCAAGUGUCAGGAUACAUUUUGCGAACAAAAACUAAAAGCAAGUGUCAGGAUAAAACUACAAAACGAUAGCCACUGCUGCUGUAGCCAUCGAUAAAUAUCACCUCAUUUGCUUUAAACGCAAAUUCGUAAAUGGUGUCAUCACUAUUGACAUUUUUGUUGAAAGAAAAGAAAUAUAUUUCAUUUUUUCAUUUGAGUUGACUAUUUUUUAGAAAAAAGAGAAUAAAAGAAGAAAAAAGCGUGAAAUUUUUUUACAAAAUAUGAAAAAAAUGGAUUUGCCAACGAUUGAUUUAUUAUCAAUUUGAUAUUGAGCGUCAAAUCAGCUAGACAUACAAUCUCCCCUUUAAAAUAAAUUUGAAAUAAAGAAAAAAAUCGAAAACCGUGCCGUGAAAUAUAAUUUAACGAAGACGACGACAAGGAAAAAGGAAUACAAAUUUUAUAAAAGAAUUACAACAACAAAUUAAAUUAACCACCAUCCCACAACACAUCAAUAGAGGCGGACCAAAUUAUAUAGUCUUUUUUUAUUUGUAUACAAAUCACUCAAACUUUACAAUUUCUACAAAGAGAACAUACAAAAAUAAGAAGAAAAAAUUAAAAUAAAAACAUUAAACAUUUAAUAGUGAACAAAUUCACAACGGUUCCACAAUGAUUAUCACUUUGGCAAUCAACAAACAAUAUCCAUACAAUUGAUUUUUUUUAAAAAUUAAAUUGUUGGAUUUUUGGCAAUUUUUAUGUAUGUUUCAACAAGGAGGUAAAUUUUAUUUAAAUGCAUCAAAUUGGAAACGUUAUCAGCCACUUAAUUACACAAAUAACAAUAAUAAAACAAAGGAUAGAUAUCAAGAUAUCGAUAAUCUAAACACAACGCAAACAGAACAUUUAAAAAAACUCACAUGCAAUUUUAAACAUUUAAAUAGAUUGAGAAAAACAAAAACAAGUAACAGCCAAAAAACGGGCCUAAGAAAAGCAAGCAGCUUAUAUAGCAUUAGCAGCGUUAAAGAACGCUUAGAAAACGAGGCCGGUUCUAAUACCGGCAUCGAUAUUUACAGGUUUAAACAGAAGAUGGCCAAUACUCUUUCCGUUAUGACGAACGUAUUGAGAAAUGUGGUCAGCAAACAGCGUAUACGCUACAAGGAGAAAGGUUUUAAUUUGGAUUUAGCCUAUGUUUGUGAUAAUAUUAUUGCCAUGGGUUAUCCAGCGGACAAUUAUGAGAGUAUGUACCGAAAUCCUUUAGGGGAUGUUUACAAAUUUCUAGAAGAUAAUCAUCAUGAUCAUUAUAAAAUAUAUAAUCUAUGUCUUGAGCGCAGCUAUGAUAUUACAAAGUUUCAUGGGCGAGUUUCUGUUUACCCAUUUGAGGAUCAUAACCCACCUACGAUAGAAUUGAUACUGAAAUUUUGUGAUGAUGUAGACAAUUGGCUAAAAGCAGACGCUCUCAAUGUGGCUGCGGUACAUUGUAAAGCCGGUAAAGGUCGGACUGGAACCAUGAUCUGUUGUUAUUUGCUUUAUAGUGGUCAACAGCGUACAGCUGAAGAUGCUUUAGCAUGUUACGAUGAAAAACGUACCAAGGAUCGCAAGGGUGUAACGAUUCCAUCGCAACGUCGUUAUGUUCAGUAUUUUUCCAAAUUAAUGAGAUUGGGUUUACCGUACGAGCGUCGUACCCUACAGUUUUGCGAAAUACGUUUUUCGAAAGCCAAUACGUUACAUAGUCAGGGUAGCGUACAUUGCUCAAUUUCUGUAUUACAAGAUAAAGUGCAGCAAUUGCAAAAUUUUCCAAUUGAUUUUCGCAAACAUAAUGUGCUGGAUAUGAAGAAUCCACCCCUACCCGUAGCGGGUGAUAUUAAAGUCGAAUUAACGAAAAAUAAUAAGAAAAUAUUUCAUUUUUGGUUUAAUACAUUUUUUGUAACUGAUUCUUCUGCUAUUGAGGGUGAAGGCGAUGAUGUUAAACUUGUCUAUACUUUACAAAAAUGGGAAAUCGAUGAUGUACACAAGGACAAAUGUUAUCCUGAAGAUUUUAAGGUGGAACUUGUGUUUUAUGUUGAUGACACUAAUGUUGAUCGUGAUCAUAUGAAAGUAUCUAGUAGUAAUCGUUUAACUACAAAUCAUCGGACUACAAUGCAAAAUGCUGGAGCAGUGCGUAUGUCAACACAGAAUCAGCAACAAUCAAACAACUAUUCGUUGCCACAGAAUAAUAGCAGUGGCAGUGAAAUGAACUAUUUAUGUGAUCAAAAAUCAUCCUCAUCGACAUCGGUCAGUAGUAGUUUAGGGGUUGGUGGUGGAACGGAUACCAGUAAUGGCUAUGAAUCAAUUAGAAGUACAGCACAACGAAAGAUUGGUGUUGUGCCAACGUUUGGUAAUCAUCAUAGCAAUCACUAUAUGGCAGCUACAGAUGUUGUCAAUAAUAGUGAAGUGUUUUCAGCGUCAAUUCCUGCACAGCAUAUGACGCUACCACCGAGUUAUAUGGAACAGCACCAACAACAACAACAGCAUCAUCAUCUACAGCAACAGCAGCAUAAAAACAAUAUGCCACAACAGAAACAGAAUCAGAUUCAACAACAGCAGAAGAAUAUGAUGACACUGGCCCCAACGACAAAUCAAAGGCAUUUGCAAAGACAAGUUGCUGGUGGUGGAGGUGGAGGAGAUGUACAUGCUCAUCAUCCCAACAAUAUGGAUGCUUCAAUUGCACUUCAACCGUCCACCAAUGUAAAUGCCAACAAAUCCAGUAGCAACAGCAGCAGUGGCAACAAUAGCACCCAUAACAUGGCUAGCAACAGCUACAAUCACAACCACAGUAAUAAUAGUAGCAAGACUAGUAGUGUCAGUAGCCAAUCAUCGUCAUCAGCCAUUGGAGAUAAUGAAGAGGACUGGGAAUCCGGUGAGUCCCAAGCUAAACAACUUGAACACAUUACUUUACUACUUUCUACUUCCUCUAUAACAAAUACAAAUCCAACUCCAACACUUCCUACUUCUCCUCUUCUCCCUUCCUCUACCACUACCUCUCCUUCCAAUCAACCUGCUUCUCCUUCUCCUUCAACCACUACCAACCCAAACUGUUUUCCUAAUACCCUAAGAAAUUGUAAAAAUCUUAAUAGCGGUAUUACCAACUCUUCCAAUACCUCUUCCUCAUCCACAUCCUCCUCCACUUCUGUAUCCUCUGCUUCCAAAUGUCCUUCUAACAAUAAAAGUAAAACUAGCAAUAGUAGUUGUACAAAUAGAGUUGUUGGUGGUGAUGAUGAUGAUGAUGAUAAUAAUACAUAUAAAAAUAAUGACGACGACAGAAAAAUUAAAUUUAAGAAAUUAAACUCGAACCAAGUGGUAAAACCAGUCCCCAAUACAUCAACAGAUACUAACACUAAUUCUGUAGAGUUCAAGGUCGGAGACAACAAUAUUACAAGUAGUAUUGCGUGUGAGGCUGAGGUUCAUCCCAACAAUCGUCCCAAGUUAAUGCAUCUCUUAAUGCCCCCCAAAAAUUCGCAACAACAGCAACAAUCUCCACACAAACCUAUUUUCAAACGUAAAUCCUCUUAUAAACUCGUUAAGGGUUCCAAUUCAAACGGCAAUACUUUAGCCGAUUGCUCAGACGAUUCUUUAGCCUCCUCAACUGCCCUUGCUGCGGGUAGUGGGGGCGGAGUGGCGAUCUCUUCGAAGCUGAAACUAAAAAUCAAAUUGAAAAAGAACAAACUAAAGUUGUCACAAAAAUUUCAAUGGUUUCAAAACUAUUUCCGUACUGAUCCAGUGGAUUUCUGUGAAAACUUUGUUCAACAGACCACCUCCAUGAGGCGUAAUAGUAUGUGCAGUAUGGCUAGUCGUACCCACAAAUUGUCCACGACCACUCCGCCUUCCGUCACCCCACCCCCGCCAGUUGUAAAUGCGGGUUCUUCUUGCGAACAAUUAGAUCAAGCGACCAGUGUCAAUUCUGUGUCCACAUCGAAUGCAAGCAUAGCCACUGGUGACCUCUGUGAAGAUUAUUACUCUUCCAUCUGUGACAAUCAAUUAAGCUUUAGUAACUCGCCCUGUAAAAGUCCACGCUCUAUGGCAGACAUGGCAAGUAGUAUUAGUGCUGGCAGAGCUGGUGGUGUUGCCAUAAGCCAUGGCAGUAGUCUGGGUAGUAGUUUCACAAGAAGUGUAGGAGUUUCAAAUUCAUAUUUACGCGAGCGUAGAGAAACAUUGCCCAGUUGCAGCAGUUCUCAUGCCAACAAUAAUCGACGGAACAGUAAUAAUGUAGUGAUUGUGGCAGCUAAGCCGGCUAAAAUACAUGCAAUAGGUUUCAAUGUCAAAACAACGACGAAUUUGGCCAGACAGGAUUCAUUCGAAACAAAUGCCGAAGAAGAGGAUAAUGAUUUAAAAGAGUCACCCGACAGUAUUUAUUACACACCGUCUAGCGCUUUAAUACACACAGGUGACGCUAACGAACACACAAAUACAGCAUUUGUUUUUCCACAAGUACCAGAAGCAUCUGAAAAGGCGUUAGAAAAUGUGGAGCAAAAGCCCAAAAAAACUAACGUUUCGACAACUACCGGGUCUAUAAUAACAAAGCCACAGGCGAAAUAUUCUUUAAAUUUGGUCAUAGUGAAAGAAUGCACCGAACCGCCUUUAUCCUCUGAAAUAACGAAACCACCAUCAGCUGGCAGUAAUAAUGAAUCGGAUGGCAUUGAUUCAGACUGUUGUGAUAUUGGCCACAAGAAAAUAGACGAACUUAGGCUACAAGACGAUAUUGGUUCGGUCACACUGUCAGAAGAACUAGAGAUGGGCAAAGUAACAGCCACUACUACGGCGGCCUCUGUAUGCAGCAAUAGUAGUAGCAGUGGUUUCUGUACCAGUGAAUGUUGUACUACAAAUAGUAGUAGCAGUAGUUGUAAUUGCAAUCCAUUCGCAAUUGAUUUAGAACGACAUGUGGCCUCCGUUAAACAAGAUCAACAACACACCACAAUACGAGAAGUUAUUGAAUCUUCUACUAAUAGCGAUAACGACGAUGGCGAAACGUUGAAAAACGCAACUAAGGCAAAUGAUGGUGAACUCUUAAAUGCGAACACCACAGAGGUACCGACAACUUCUACUACCGAUAAAUGUGAUCAUUAAUAAUUACAUUGUAUGAUGUUUAGGUUUGAUUUUCAAUUGUUUCAAUUGACAAAUGUGUGGUGGCAAUAUUUAUUAGUUUUGUGUAUGUGUGUAAAUGUUUUCUAUUUUUUUAAAUUCCCUUACAAUCUUUUAAAUAUUAUUAAUAUUCCUUUUAUUUUACAAGGUUAGAGAAAUAAUUAGGACUAUCUAUUAUCCAUUGUUGUUUUGUUAUUACUACUACUACUUGUACUAUUCAGAAGAAAAAAAAACAUACAUAUAAUAAUCGUAUUUCACACUUUGUAACCAAUCAUCAUUCUUUCAAGAUGAAAACAAAAAAAUCGAAGAAAAUUAUUUAAAUAUUUAAUUAAAUUAAAUUUUAAAAAAUUGAAUUAUCUUAUAAUUCCAUCCAUUUAUUUUGUCUUUGUUGCUACAUAAAUGUGGCUUUCGAAUUCACUGUGUCUAAUUUUUCAAAUUUAUAUAUAUAUAUAUUUUUUUUUCUAAAAAAAUUACAAAUUAAAAAAAAAAACAAAACAAAACAUGAUCUCCAAUCUAAGAUUAGUACUCACUCAUCUCUUUAAUGUAUAAGAAAAAAAUCAUCAGCAGUUUAUACUUUUUUGUUUGUUUCUUUUUAUACAUUUGUAUUUCGAAAUUUUGAGAAUUGUAUAAAAUCGAGUAUUUAGUUAGAAAUUCGAAAAUAUGUCUAAUUCGAAUAAAAUUAUAAUAAAAAAAACCAUAACGAGUUUAA